AUUUCUACAUUGAGAGACGCGGUGAGACUUUCGGGAUAGUUCAGUUGAGUGUUACUUCUUGUGCCGAACACAGUUCACUUUCUUCUCUGCCUUCUUAAUCUCCCUCAAAUGGAGACUAUUUAGAGAGGUGAUCAAGUGUAGAAAUUUGACACAGAAAUUCAGCAACAAACAAUAAUCAUUUAAAAAAUCUCAACACAGUGAUUGUGAGCAAAUAUAUAUAUAUAGUUUGAGCAUUGGGACAAAGUUACGCGAUGGGACGCAAGUCGAAAGCGAAAGCCAAUAGAAACAAUCAACAGGCGAAAGUUGCACAAAAUACCAAUCAAUCAGCACCACCACCAACACUUUCUCAAGCAGAACCCAAGGACGUGCCAGCAGAUGAACCUUUGCCAACGAUCAAAUUGCCGUCAAAUGCCCAAAUUGCUGAGAAAGUUGAGGAAGCACCGGUGAAAGUUGAUGAAAAAUCCAUCGAAGAGGUCAAAGCAACUGCUGAUGAUGGUGAAGCACCAUUCAUGCCGAGUCCCACGGGCAAGAAGAAGAAGAACAGAAAUAAGAACAAAAAGAAGAACCAACAGAAUGUCGCAGAGACUGAGGAAAUGGGUGAUGUGAGUGAGGAAAAUGCUGAAAAAAGUCCCCAAGAAGAUGCCAAAAAGGUGAAAAAUGAGCAAAUUCAGGAGCAAACAGCUGAAAAACCAAUAAAUACACCAUCAAAAAAGAAGAAUAAAAAGAAGAAUGCAGAAAAGGCAAGCCAAGAGGUGUCUGUCGGCCAAAAUAGAUCUAAUAGUGCAGAGACAGAUGUAACUAAAGAGACUGACAGUGCAAGUGUUGCGACAGAACCACCUCAGGAGAGCAAGAAGGGAGAAGAAGAGCAGUCCACAAUGGAAAGUAAGCAGGAAACAUCUCCAAUUCAGGAAUUAAAGCAGGAGAAACCUGUACCAGAGCAAGAGAAGCCUCCAUUGCCUAAGGAAGCAAAAGAACCAAAGCCAGUUCAAGAGAAGAAGCAGGAAGUGAAGACUAAACCCGAUAAAGCUGAGCAAAAGAAUGGUCAGAAAGGUCAAAAGUCAGAGAGAAACAUUGAGACUGAAGACAUAAAUAAAAAUGUACAGAGUGUGAAAUUGCCAGAGUCAACAACUAAUGAAGACACCGCAGCUGAGGCGCCAAAGACAGCAAACUUGCCAAAAAAUGACGAAAGCAAAACAACAACAAGCCUUGAGAGCACUGAUGCGGUUAAAAUGGAAGCAACCACAGUUGAUCCCAUCACCAUUGAGAUCACUCAACCUGUGGUCAUCACUGCCGAACCAUGCAAAGACAGAGAUAUCGAACCAAGCACAGAAGCUACUUUGGCACAGUUGAUUGAACUUGUGUCCAACAGCGAAAUUCCUCUUCAGGAUGUUUGUCCAAUGGGUGGGAAAAAUAAGAUUGUCGAAUUCCAGAAACCAAUAGCAGAAACCGGUGCUGCUUUGGCUGAACUAGUGAAUGUCGUUGCAAGUGUCGAAGUGCCGCUUAAAGAUGUCGUGGAAGCUGUUGUUGGAGAGAAAAAUGACAAAGAAGGAAAGAACAGGAAGGAAAAGCAACAAAAGCCAGAAAUACAGCAGAAAAGUCAAGAGAAGAAGCAACAGAAGACAGAAAACAAGUCUGAUGCUCAACACAAAAGACAGGAUAACAAGAGAUCUGAACCAGAGGCUGCAAAGAAGCAAGAAAGCAGAAACAAUGAAGGAAAGAAAGACAAUAAAAAAGCCAAGGAUGCUAAAGAAUCCAAACUACCAGAGAAGUCAACACAUCCACCUCAACAAGUUGAAGAAGUGAAGAUCGACACGACGACCGAAAUCAAAGAAGUUAAAGCUGGAAGUCAAGAAAUCAAAGAACCUGAGAAGGUGUUAGAAAAAUCUGAAGAGCCUAAAACUCCGGACACUAUUAAAUCUCAAGUAAAAGACACACCCAAAAUCUCUGAAGUUGAAGAAGUAAAGUCUGAAUCACAGCCAUCUACAAAAGUAGAAGAUCAGGAGUCCAUUGUGAAAGAUGAAACACCCGUUCAGACAACAACGAAGAAAGACAAAGAAGAUGCAAAUUUGAAGGAAGCCAAUGAGAAAAGUGAGGCCAAGGCAAAAGAGGUGCCUGAGAAGAAUCCACAAGAAAAGAUGGACGCCAUCAGCUUCGUUCCGGACAAAUUGAUUGACAUCCUGGAUACGAAGAUGCAAACGCUACCAGCAAAUACAGGUGCCAUUAAGAAAAUUCCUAAGCAGAAAGUUGAAUCUGGCAAGACAGCAGAUUCUGCUGCUCAGACUCAAGUCAGUGUUCAAGCGGAUUUUGAAGACAAACCCAAGGAGAAGGAGGAACCGAAGAAGCCCAAUCAACAAGCGCAACCAAAGCAUGAUAAGAGUGGAAAAACCUCACCGCAAAAGAGUCCGAAGAAGCCUCAGGUUCCUCCCAAACCUGAGCAUUUGCUUAAGAAAACUCCUCCUGCUGUUCCGCCUGCUCAAGGUCCAAAGCAGGGCACUAAGGAGCCUCCUCAAGCAGCACCAGCUGCACCCAAGAAGCCACUACUCUUGUCAGAUGACGAGGAAGAAUUUAUCGAAUACAAGUUCACACCUCGACAGGUGUUUCUUGCCACAAUUUGUCAAGUGUGCAAGAUUGCCUUGCAGAAUCCCACACCUUGCUCCAGUUGCUUAAUGGUGUCCUACUGCAGCGAAGCACAUGCCAAGGAGGACGCAAUUGUCCAUCAGCAACUCUGUCGAGCUUUGCAGGAAAUUGCUCGAAAGCGCGGAGGACAUGUGUACAACAAUGCAAAGAUCCUGUCGAAUGAUGAUUUCAGGAAUUUGCGUGUUCACACCCUCAAUCUCUGUGAAUCCCUCACGCAGCGCCCUCUGCAGCCAUUCGAGAAGGAGAUCCUCCUGUUCCCCCGGAUCUGCUGCACACCCACUUGUCGCGAGUGGCGUCCACCGCUUCUCGUGGAGUGCCAGAAGUGUGGUCAAGUGUCCUACUGCAAGGAGCAGUCCACCCACCUGUCUGAUGAUCAUCAGCGAUGGUGUCCCUUCUUCCUGCUCUACCAGAAACUCAUUGUGCGCCAGAAGAAUGUCGGUCGCAUCGAACCGAGUCUGCCGUCGCGCAUCUUCCUGCAGCGCUACGAGUUGCCCGCAUCCCUGGAGGAGGUGUUCAAGGAGCUGUACAAGAACAAUCCCGCCAUCAAGGAUGACUGCACCUACGCCACCCUCACUCAGCUUGCCACGGCGCCACUCACGGCCUACAACGCUGUGCUGAAGGCACAAAUCCCUAUCCAGGAGUCCCUGACCAUUCACCUGGUUGGGGCAGAAUUGCAAUUUGAGGGUGACACACUGGACAAGUGGGAGGCCUUCUUUCUCCACCUCAUACCGCAAGUCCUGGAGCUCAGAGUUGUCUUUAUAGGACCAGAAUUGAAUGCUGAAAAUUUACCUCUGGACAUCUUGAGUCGCAUAAGGAUGUGUCGAACGUGUCGCCAGGCGUGUCGCGGCGUGAAAUUCGACUUUCAGUGUGGCAAGUUGUAUCACGAUUACGCCAAGCAGCCGGCAUUCACGAAGCCAGACUUGAUUUGUUUCUUCAAUCCCGGCCUCUAUCGCGCCACAGGCUUCAGUGGCCUGGACACGUGGCCAGACACCAUCAAGGCUGCCACUCAGCUCAGCUGCCCGAUCGUCGUGACGUCAUACACGGAGCUGGAAUCUCCGCAGGAUCUCGCGCAGCUGAAUCGUGACUCCGCACGGCCACUGAAUCUCACCCAAGCGCCCGCCGUGAAUCCCUUCUCCUCGCAGCGUCCCGAGCGGAACUUCAUCUCCGACGAGGUCUCACCCAUGAUCUUCAAGAACUACUAUGUCUUCAUCGUGAGCUAAGCAGCUCCGUUUACUGUCUGUUUCCCUCUUUUUUUUCAAUAAAUCGUGAGUUUUCCUUUUU